GCAGUCUAUCACUCAUCUCUUUGGCCAAAGGCAAAGCGAAGCCGCGUCGCAGGUGCGGCGCCUCUUGAAACAGAAAUCAUUUUUUUCUUCUUAUGAAACUCAAACUUCUAAACCUCAAAUUUACUUUUAUUCACAUUGCCAGAUGCAGAUGAGAUACCUUCUAGUAUGCUCAACACUUCUACUUCAAGCAAUAUAGUCGGAUCAUUCCCCUUGGGCCAACCCUCCCAGAGAUUCUUCGUGAUGCCGAGAAGUCGCACAAAUAGACUUUUUUGUCCAGAUUGUUGGACUCCAAUUAGGGCCGAAAAGAAAAAGACGCAUGGUUUUGGGGGAGCUCAUGCUCAAUCCCAUGAGGCGAUGCAAGAAGCGCUUCUUUGAGCAAAUAAAAACGCCGACCCCGACAAAUUAGCAUCAAAUUGUACAGAUUAUUGCAGAAUCAAUGUUGUUGUACCAAAAUCAAAGAGGGAUAGAUAUAUAAACAGCGCUACGUGUAUGAUUUUUUGAUUUAUUUAAAGCUAGAAAACGUUAAGAGAUAGAGUGUAAACGACAUCGAGGAUUUUUUUCGGAUCACGUCGUACCUAGUGCGACUGUGUUUCAAAAAAUCUAAAUCUCGAUCGGUCGAUGCACGCUGGAGUUAAAAUGUUCACAUCAAAAGACGCAAAUCUGUAAUGCAAAUUUCGAAGAACCCACAGCACAAAAUCGGAACAGAACUUUUUUACAAAUCGUAGAUGAAAAUGCAACUCAAAGAAGUCGGCGCGUAGCAGAACGAAGGAAAAGCAGGAUGUUGGUCUUUCGUAUGAAAUCGAUCGUGCAAAAAAGAUGCCGCGCAGUGCUACUAAGUGUCGUUUUCUAGAGAGUUUAAAGUGCGUUUUCAAGUAUUUAGCUCUUCGAAAUUGUCAUACCAGGGUCGUGUCGUGCGCUUAAAGAAUUCACGGUGGGCACGGUUAGACUUUACCACUCGAGCCCGUUUGUUGACAGCUCUCGAGUACAUGACCCAAAAACUGCAUGACAGAUUUGAAAAAGACGGCGAUGAUGAUUUAGAGACUUG